AUGGCUUCAACACGUAGCACGACGCUCCGCAAUAUCACGUCUGAGUUCUGCGCAGCCCUGAUCUCACCUCCUCCGCCAUCAGAGCUUCUAUCACAGUACUUCUCCAAAAAUCCCCAGAUUACCGAGCAUGGCCCGGAGUGGGCACGCUCACGCCUCCCGUUCCUCGCAAAGACUUUCACGGGCAAAGAUGGGUGCGAGGAGUACUUCAAGCUGAUGACGGGGACCCUCGAGAUGUCUCUGAGCAAAGAUGCGUUUCCACACGCAAAAGCCUUCAGCGUUGAUGCCGAGGCUGGGGUGGUGAGCGUGGUAGGCAAGGGACAUUUCUCGAGCAAGAAAACAGGCAAGGGCUGGGAUGAGCAGUUCAUGCACAGGUUCAGCAACUUUGACGAGCAAGGCAAGAUAGGGCAUUGGGAGAUCUGGGCGGAUCCAUUGAGCGCUUGGGAUGCUGUUGGCGAGUAA